GUUUUUAUUACGUUGCUCUGAAUAGGACGCAGCACGUUGCAGAAACGUGCCGCCACGAGCCUCAAUGACGUAUACCUUAAUGUCAUCCCAGAGAGUACCCCAUGAAGCAAGAGGUUUCACUUCCACCUACUUCCUCCUCCGUUCAAACGCCGGCGGAUCAUAAUGUUGCAUUUUACAAGACUUUAUACACAGUCUAUGGUUGGCACUGUUUUCUCAGACAGAGGACGGCUUAAGGAGGAAUAAUACAAACGUCUAAUCCACCGUGGUAGAAGGAAGCAGUUCAAGUCCAUGAACGGAUCUGAAUUGUUUAACAGUGACCGCUAAGGAGUUGUUAGUAUCCCUUGUUUCCUGGACAGUAAAAGCGAUAUUCGCAGAUAAAAUUGUAACAUGAUGACAUGAAAAAAUAUCUCACGGUGCGACAAAGGCGUGUUUCUUUUAAUUACGUAAGAAAUACGAAGAAUACUGCUGUUGGGAUGGCAGUAGAACCUCACAUCUGUUUCACUAUCUUUGACUUUUGCAAGAGGAUUGUACAACUGAUUUUGCUGCGUUCACGAUGCAUCGGAUUUACUAUAAACAUCAAAUUAUGGCACAGUAAUAACUGCAGGUACUGAAUGUUUAGCCAACUUAAAUAAUACACCUUCUUUACCCCGUCAACUCAUGUCUGCUUAUUUGGGACUAUUUCUAACAAGGCAAAUACAUCAUUUAACCUCUAAACAAAUUCACCCGAGGACACCCAAAAGUUAUGGCUUUUAUGUACACAAGUGGUAUUCUUUAAUCAACUAAUCUAGGGACCUUAAUGUUAAAUCUAAGUUUCAAUACUGACACAUUUUGAUAAACCUCGAUCUUGUUUAAAGCAUUUCCGUGACGCAGUCUGUAUUUACCAUUUUGUCCCAGGCCCCGAACACCACACAAUGUUGAUAACCCUGACGUCAGAGCUGCGUGUGAUGGUGGUUACAUCACGAUCCUACCCGGCACAUUACUUCCUCCAUUCAUGUGAAUUGAGACGCUACAGACUCACAAAAUCUUUCCGGAUAAUUUCGAUAAUCUCUUUACUGGUAACUCGAGUAGCUGCUCAGUCCCUAAACAGUCAAGAUGUCUAGUUAUGAGGAGAAUGAGUCCAAGUUUAUGCGAAAAGCAAAGGAAAAUCCAUUUGUCCCAGUGGGGAUGGCUGGAUUUUUUGCCAUUGUUGGAUACAGACUGCUGAAAAUGAAAAGCCGUGGAGAUACAAAAAUGUCGUUGCACCUGAUCCACAUGCGUGUAGCAGCCCAAGGCUUUGUGGUUGGAGCCAUGACUAUUGGUGUCCUGUAUUCAAUGUACAAAGACUACAUUGUAAAACCCAGAGAACAACAGAACGCAGCGCAACACAAGUGAACAUGGACUCAUACACUUGAUAUUUUAUGUCCCUUAAUAUUGCCUCAUAUUAAGGUGUGUAGAACAUUUUAUUUUUACAGAUGUGUCAUACCUUUUGUAUGUGCACAUCUCUUCCACAGCUCAACCCUACUGUGAAUAGUUAUAACUUAAUGAUUACUUUCUGUGUGGAGUUUGAAUAUUCUCCCUGUGUUUGCGAGGGUUUCUGCCAUGUGCUCCAGUUUCCUCCCACUAUCAAAGACAUGUAUGUCAGGGUUAAUACUCCUUGAGAGUAGGAAAAAAGUACACACUCUGACUCCAUAUGCAUUUCUCUUAUAUGUAGAUGAUGUUUCAGCCCUCAGGCCUUCUUCUAGAUCAACAGUUAUAGUAGGAGAAAGGCACUGGUAUGUUAUAUAGUCCACACCCUAGUAACACAACUGAUGGUGAUUAGAUAAUCAUGUUCCACUAUAAGGGUGAGAAAAAGCAAUCAAGAGGCCUUCAGCCAAUCAAAACUUUUAACGAACAGUUACAGGAACUACAGCUAGUCAGUUCUCUUCAAAUUAAGUGACAAGAACCACUAUGUUUCAUACCACAUAUUUCUCUGAAUGAAAGAGAAAUGCAUAUGGAGCCAGAGUGUGCAGCACUUUUCUGCCUCCAGUGAUCAGCACCUCACUACCACCCGUGGUGUGUGUUACUUUUCCAUUAUAUAGGGUUAAUACUCCUGUCAGUGCCCCUGACCAAGGUACUGGCAAAACGAACUGGAGUUGGUCCCCGGGCGCUGCACUGCGGCUGCCCACUGCUCCUAGUGUGUGUAUAUAGGAUGGGUCAAAUGCAGAGGAUUAAUUUCCCCACAGGGAUCAGUAAUAAAGUGCUAAAAAGGAAAACAAAAAAAACCCACCUCCUACAGUAUCUUCUAAAUAAUAUACCAGAGGGUAGAGCUGUCACUUUUGUAUUGAGGAGGGAUAUUGAUCUCAACUGUUUUGGCACCAAUUAAUGUGUUUGUGGCUGUAAACCCAGUUGAUUUGAUAUCUGUGUGAGCAGGUGACAUUAUUAAUAGGGUUUUGUUGCCUUGGAUUUUGAAAGGUGUGCGAGUGAGAUUUCAAAAACUAGAAGAUCUUGCAAAAAAUAUGAAAACAUUAUAACUAGGCUAAGCCUAGAUUUGAAAAGUAUUCACCAAUGACAGGUAGCAUAGGAUUCAUUUUCUGUGUCACUGUUUUAUUGUCUUGCACCAGCUACAUUAUUUAAUGUACUAAUGUAGGGAUUUUUGCCUGAUGAAAAAUGCUUGCACCUUAGCCCACUUUUUGAAAUGGUCAUGUAAGUGCAUUACGGGCAUCUUAUGUACUGGACCACAGACAAGGCCUGUGCUUUCACAUUAUUUAAACAACAUGGACACAGAUGGUUUUUGACUCACCAGUCUCAGCCGUUCCACAAAGAAGAUUUAUAAGCCAUAAGAUGAAAACUGUAAAGGAAAGAAGACAACAAACAAAACAUGUUUUUUAAACAUGACACAAAUUUAUAAAGGUGUCCUGAUGAAUUCAGUUAUUUUCAUUCAGUAGGCUUUAAACAAAAUGGAUUUUUUAAGGGCAAGUCUUGUUUCAUAUUUUUAUCAUUAUGCUUUGAUAGAAAGGGGUCCAAUGUUUCAUUACAACAGCAGCUUCACAAGUCUUCAUGAGACACACUGUAUGAGCUAAAUAAACUCAGCUUCACUCACAGGCUGUACAGUAGCCUAUUAAGUACCAUCAUAAAGCCGUAUGAUAUAGGUCUAUUUAAAUAAAUGCCUUGUUAAGUUAUUAAAUCUAGUUUUUGAAUGUUGUGUGCAAAUACAGAAUAGUUAUUUUUCGAAUGUUUCUUUUUUUCCUUUGGAAAUAAAAAAUUAUCAGUUAAGUCAUUCUGAAA